GUGGCUAUGAAUGAAGAAAAUGUUGUCGCCCGCCACACUCCGUCAGACCGGGGCUUGCCGCUCGUACCGCGCGGACCUAUCGCUGGUGAGCGCCGCGCGAGUGUGAAUGUGUGUGCGUGAGAGCGCGUGCUCGCGCGGGACGGACCAACCUACACACCCACGUCCACCACUCUUCUCUUUCAUUCUGCGAACACCAGUCACACAGGUGAGAAGUGAACAUAGAGAACUGAAGUCACACGGACCCUCCUCCUAACACUGGGUCUUUCGGAUUAUGGUUGUGAAUUAUUAGGGAGUGUUUAGUCACGUGGUACUGCCGUGUACGUCGUCAUCGUCGUCGUGGGAAGACUUAUACUCGACCUGUGUGUGUAGAUGUGUGAAUGUACCAUCCACCAUUUUCUCCACCAAACCUCGCAGAAAGUUAAUAGGUGAGAGAGAGAAAAAAAAAUCUUGAUUCACUCCUUCAACGACAUGCUGGUUUGUUUGUGUGUUCCUCUCAGUCCAUCCAUUGACCGUUUUCGAUAAAAGCUACAACUACCGACCGUACCACGUGUGUUGUGACGUCGCGGGAUCGUCGGUGGAGUCGUUGCUGGCACGGUCUUGUACCAGUCGAAGAAGAGUGGCUCAACGGGAAGCAUCCAUCGCCGUCCAGUGUCGUCCCGAUGAAGGAUAAAGUUUGUUCCGAUUUUGUCUUCAUGCCGUUGAAAGGCGACCAGCGGGUGCCGACCACCAUGGCGGCUGGAGACAAGGGGGUGACCAAAGACAAGGUGGUGGGCACCAAGGACAGGUCUGUGGGCAGCGUGGCCGCCGCCUCUGCCUCCAGCAGUGCAGUUGCAGGUGCCACUGGUGGCGAUGUGACAGUGGUUAAGUCCAAGAUUGUCGUCGUUGGCGACUGUGAGUGCGGCAAGACCGCGCUCAUCCACAGAUACGUGCACUCCAAGUUUCUAGAGUCCUACACACCAACCGGGUUUGACACAUACAGUGGAUCGUACAGCGUGUCCGACUCCUACAGAAUACAGAUGUCCAUCUGGGAUACAUCCGGAGACACCGGCUAUGACCGAGUGCGACCUUUGUCCUACACAGACGCCGACCUGGUCAUCCUCUGUUUCGCUAUCGACAGUCCAGACUCCAUGGAGAAUGUCGUGUCAAAGUGGUACCCUGAAGUUCGAGAGAACUGCCCCACACAGCCCAUCAUGUUAGUUGGCUGCAAGACCGACCGACGGUCGGAGGCCAAGAACCUGCCAGCCGGCCAGCGACGACCCACCUUCGUUUCUUACGAUCAGGGUCUCAAGACAGCCAAGCACAUCGGUGCCCUGGUGUACUCGGAGACGUCGGCCAAGACCUCCCAGCGCAGCGUCAACGACGUGAUGGAGGUGGCGGCACUGUCGUCGGCGGGCACCACCAACACCGCAGCGGCGGCAGGGGCCAGCCCCGGGUGUGACGGGCCCAGCAGCUUCCGCCGCCAACGGUCCUUCAUCCGCCGCAAGCGUUUUAGCGGUCUGACGGAGGCCAAGGUUCACCUGCGUAAAGAAGCCGCCAAGAGCUGUGUGGUCAUGUGAUGUGGUCACAUGACACUGUGGUCAGUCGCGGCAAGAACUGAAUGGAGACUUUUUGACCAUGCUUUCGUCUCCUGCAUUUCCAAAUAAUUCUCAUCAGUUACGUCAGACACGUAACAAGUGUUAUGGUCUCCCACAUGUCCAGUCACAGCCUGCUGGAAUGCUGGAAGGGUGAGAAAAGGGAGGAGAGCAGACCAGUUGAGGAAACAGAGCCAGGCCAUUGUGGCCAUCUUGAAACUCCAUUGGCGUCACCAGAAUCUAGUCAGUCGUUUACCUAGUGUUUUAGCUGUGUACCCGACCAGCAACUCAGCAGGGUGCACCAUCCCUGCACUAUUUCGUGAAGCUGGAGUAGAAGGACUUCGCUACCCAAAAAAACAUUGACUUUUCUAUUGAAUUGAGGUAUUAAUUGAGACAAAGCUACAUGUGACACUGUCGGCUUCAUGUGAUUGUUUCUUUCUUUUUUUGUUCGUUUGCUGAAUCGUUGAUUAAUGUUUUAACUGGCUUCAAUGUGUAUUUUUAUCUUGAACUGGGAAACAAAUUCACAAAAACAUUUGAAUGCUGUAAAAAUGAACUGCCUGGAUUAAACGAGAAGCCAAAGUGUCUGGACCUGACAUCAGAGAGAACACAAUGUUGUCGGUUGACUACACGGGGAUCGGCUUUGCGCAUCUGGCUUUGCGCAUCUGGCUUCAGGAUGGUCAAGAAAGAUUUUUGUUGAUUGUGGGAAUGAGCGGCGGUGUGUAUAAACACCAACUGAGUAACGGAGAUUGAUCUCAUGUAAUUCUUUUGUUGUCUGUCUUCUUCUUCUGUCUCUCUAACCGUUCAUUUGUAGCUGUUCACUUUAGCUCACGUGCAUUCGAUAUUUCUUCACACGCUUGUACAGACACGUGGCAAGCGAACCUUUGCGAUGUCCGCUUGAAUGCGUUCUUGGCUAACAUCUUGCUUGGGUGGGACUUGUCCGAGAGAAAUGUUGCCCAUGAAAUGACCACCAGUGCGAGUCAACCUUUGCCGGCACAAAUUGCAGCUUCAUCCCAGUGGGCCCAGCUCCUUGUGUAGUUCCUUCUUCUCAUUCUCCAUUGCUUCUUUCGCACAGCAGUUUACAUCUUCAUCUUCCAUGGCAGUUGAUAUUUUGCUGGCGUUGCUGUGCUGUUGCCCAUGGCAAUAUAUCGCCGGAGGAAUUGACUGGGCGCACGAGAUGUAGAUCAUGUUUUUGUCCCGCUGCCUAAUAUUUUCCCUGAUAUAUGGUGCAAUACUGUUUCUCCAGAUUUUGGUGGUGAACUUUCGUGCUUUUUCAUUCUUCCCCACAACAACUUCCAUGAGUCUGGCAGGUAAGUUGAAUAAUACUCUCUCCCUAUCCAUUGUAAAAUCUGGCGAUGUAACCGGCAACAGCAACUAUUAACACCAAACACCACCGUUUCUCUUUUUUUCUUUGUUUAUGUGUGGGAUUUUUUCCCCCUUUGGUCCAGUUGUUCGCUUUCCUCGACACUUUGAAGGCGAAGACCAUCGAAAUGCUAAGUCAUACCUAGAAGUGUAGAAAGUUCCUAAUCAUUAUUAUUUAUUGAAAAAUAAACCAGAUAAGGACAUUAUUCGUUCAUAAUCAUCAUCCAAUCACCUUUAGUGUUUACAUUUUCAUUUUUCUCGCUGGUCAGAGUGUAAAUUGUUAAUGGUGUUCGAUGUACCCGACAUCAGGGAGUCGCUGUCUUCUUCUCCCUUCCCCCGACCCCAGCCACUGUCAUUACCACCAACUCCCAUGGUGUCUCAUUAAAAAAAAACAACAACAACCGAAAAACACUGGCGCGAAGCAGAAUCUCCUACAUUUUUGUCCUCAUUUUCAGAGCAAGAAGACAGGGGAGCUUGUAAAAGUUAGAAGGUAAACAACCCCCCCCCCAAAAAAAAAAGCACUUACUGGAGAUUUCGGCUCUUGUCUACACACCUACAGCAACUAAAAGCUGAUUGUAAAUGGUUUUCGCCUUGUGUCGUAUAUUGGAUAUGAAUACCUGGUGUCUGCGUAGUGGAUGGUGUAAAGUUUUUUUGUUUUUGUUUUUGAGAAAAGGUUUCAGAGCAUCAGCCAGCUUUUGGAAUGAAGUGAUACGCAGGUUUGCAUCUGGACGAACGAUUCUUAUAAAAGUGUUUUCUUUAACACCAGUAUUGUCAGCUAUGGCCGCUCACUUAACGGUUUGGUAGCAAGAUGAAGACCUCGAGUUAGGUGGCUGCCUUGAAACCAAAACUUUCAAACAGUCUCCUUCCUUCAUACAUUUGAAAAUUUAAUUCAGAGGGUAAUUGCUGUUCACGUUGUAAAGAUCAAAUAUCAUUCGCGAUCGUGUUAUCAUCGUCAGUACGAGAUUCUGAAAUUAAUGUCGGUGCUUUGGCAUCUAUACCUGUUGGCUUCGCUGGUUUUUUUUGUUUUUUUUUUUUGUUAUUUUACAGGAGUCUGAUUUGCGUAGUUACCAGGCGUGCGUACAGAUCAACAAAAAUACUCGGUUAAAACGUUAUUUGUUUUCUUUUUCUCCGAGAUGGAGUUGGCUUGAACGCAUAUUUAAAAAAAAAAUUUUUUUCUUUCUGGACUUUCAUUUCUCAGCAGCAACACAGAAGCAGUUUGAGGACCGAAUAUUUUGGAGGUAGCCUUGAAGAGAAUCUUCUUGUUUACCAUAUUAGAACACGUUAAGUGAAAGAAUCAGUUUUGUUUGUCAGCUGAUUUGAUGUUGAUUUCCACAAUUUUGUUUUCAUCAACAUCACAUCUUCUCUCGCUGUACUAGCAGGAAGCAGUCAGACUGGACUGAGAAGCGCUUGCACAUCUAUGUCUCCCUCAAACGUGCAUGCGCGGACGUUCGAGCACGUGACCUACGCACAGUCACACGCACUCGGGCACACACGCAACUUGAUAUACGUUCCUGCUGGUCACCGUGUCUCGGCCUGUUACAAGCCAUCAUCUGUGAUAAUACUCGGCUAAGUGUGAGCAACAUCCGGUCUGGGGUUCUGGAUGUUCUGAAAUAAAUCUGGUCAAGAAAAAUUAAAAAAAAAGAUGUACUUUUGGUUUCUUGGCCAGCCAUUCUCAAGAUGGCAGUACAUUGACUUCGUGCAUCAAAGAACUGCGCGUGCUGAUGUGGACCGGGGUUAGUCCAGAAACAGCCGCGCGGCGAUGCUCUGCAUGGCAUGGUGUAUGUGAUGUCGUGCGCCAUGAUGGAAGUCAAGAACGAGAGUUGUAUUGUAGCUCUUGUCACCAUGAUUGCGCUGUGGAUAUGGCACGCUUAACUGUGUUCGUUGUUUGCUCAAUCGUCUGUCCGCCUUUUUGUAUGCAGACGUCGACAAAUGUUUUGACCCCGCGGUAAGCGGUGAGCCUCGAUGUAAAAUUGAUAAACUCUGACCCCACCCCAUCGUCUUUUUUUGUUUUUAAAAGAAAAAACAAGUAGCGUUCUUGUCACGUUCAUCUGAAUAAAUUGAAUCAUUCAGUCA